CCCCCUCGGAUCCUAAUGUUUCAAAGUUUUAGAACUAUCUAGAGUACUCCCUUUGAAUCCCAUCCUUAAAUUCCCCCCCAAUCUCCCCCACAACCUUUCCCCCAUCGCCCUCUUAUGCCCCUCUCUCCCUCCUCUCCUACUGCUCCAUCUCCCUCUCCCUUUCCCUCAGCUCUCUCAAUCUCCCUCAUGUCUCCAUAAAUCUUGCACCAAACUCCAAGAAAGAUCCCAUCCCUUGGCUUUCUCUCAAUCAAUACCUUCAACUCAACUCAAAACUUCCUCUCUCUCAACUAACAGCUUCACCUUGUUUCUAGCCAAAUCCAGGUAGCCAACCAGAAGACUUGGUCGUUGAUAACCAUGGGCACUUUGGUAGGCCAUGUAGCCCCUGGCUUUGGGUUCCUAGUGAUUGGUCUCUGGCACCUCAUCAACCACAUCAAACUCCACUCCCUCCACCCCAACUCCUAUGUUGCACCCCCAUGGUUCCCCACCCCAAUCCUCCGAUACCUCGAGCUCAUCCUGAUAAUACUCGGCAGCCUCGCCUCCAUCUCCAUGGAGAUCAUCAUCGGCCCGGAGACCCAUCAGCCCUUCGACACCGACGGCACCAUCCCUUCCAACCACCUCCACAACUUCGAGCACGCCUCCAUCUCCCUCACCUUCCUCAUCUACGCCGCCUUCGCCAUCGCCUUCGACCGCAUCAAGCUGAGGCAGCGCGCCAGCAUGACGCAGCUCCUUGGCGCCGUCGCCUUCGGCCAACAGCUCCUCCUGUUCCAUCUCCACUCCGCCGACCACAUGGGCGUCGAAGGCCAAUACCAUUGUCUCCUCCAGAUCGUGAUCGCCCUCUCGCUGGCCACCACUCUGAUCGGGAUUUGGCUGCCGAGGAGCUUCAUGGUGAGCUUCGUGAGGUCGAUGAGCAUCGCCUUCCAAGGUGUUUGGUUCAUUGUCAUGGGCUUCAUGCUGUGGACUCCGAGCUUAAUUCCCAAGGGAUGCUUCAUUAACUCGGAGGACGGGCACCAAGUGGUGAGAUGCCACAGCGACGAGGCCCUCCACCGGGCCAAGUCUCUUGUGAACAUCCAGUUCAGCUGGUACGUGGCAGCCAUGGCAGUGUUCUCUAUGCUGCUCUACUUGUUCUUGACCAAGAGGUACCCGGAGGCGCCGGAGUACCUGCCGUUGGUGAAGGAGGGUGGUCAAGAGGAUGAUGAGGACUUGGAAUCCCAGAAGAGGCUUGGGGAGUCUGACAGCUUUGUUCAUAUGGGGAAGGGGAUUGGAGCCAUGGAGCUUGAGAGAUAAGUGAAAGAAAGGGUCAUUUUUCUUUCUUUUUCAUCACCCAGCCUUCUCUCUCUUUUUUUUCUAUUUGUUUAUUUUGUCUUCAAAGGGUUAAUGAGAUGGAAAGAUGUAGCUGGUGGAAGCAUAGGGGGGAUUCUUUUCUUGGUUGGAUGUAUAGCAAGUGGCGUUUAUAUUUGGUCCUUUUCUCCUUUAUAAAGUGACAGAUGGAAGGUGGGUUUUA